AUUUUAUAAUUCUUGAAGAAAGAGUCAACAUGGUCUAAUAGACAAUGAUCGACAAGCUAACCUUGAAAUUUUACUAAGCGAUUUUAUAUCAGCUGACGUAGAAACUAUUAAAAAUGCCAAAUAUCUUUUAGUCAAACAAGAUAAAACAAGAAGAAUGGACACUGUUGGAGAGUUCGAGUAUAAUCCCAAGGAUAUUUUGGGUCAUGGAGCCUUUGCUGUUGUAUUUAAGGGUCGCUUCACCACGAACCCUUCUACAACGGUCGCUAUAAAGAGAGUCACAAAGAAGAACAUCUCUAAAAGUCAAAAUUUACUGUCAAAAGAGAUCAAUAUUCUCAAAGAGCUAUCAAGUCUUAAUCACGAAAAUUUAGUCUCUCUUCUAGAAUGCAGAGCGGUACGUCAUAUUCUUUAUUUCUUUAAUUAUAUAAAAAUUUAAGUGUAUGAACGAACGCCUUUGUGAACUUAGGCCGCGAUCAUUGAACGACACGUGUUCUGUGUGACGUUAAACUAUUGCAACACCCUCAUCCAGGGUACUCGUAUUAUGAAAUGUGUUGUAAUAAGAGACAAUUGUAGCCUUACAUUAGUUACAAAAUACGUAUGAUGGUCUAUGAUGAAUAUAUAUAUUUAGUGGUCACACACGUGUGUUUUAAAGUUGUGACACAAAUCAAUAAUAUUCAUUUAAAUGAGUCACUUUUUUUUUCAUUCAAUGAUGCAAGAUUGUUUAUUAUCCUUGGCAACCAGGUCAUUGAUCUCUUUUUGUUGGGAGAAAAUUUGUAUAUAUAUAUAUAUAUUAUAGUAUAUUGAAUAAUACCAAAUUGUGCCAGCUUCUGUGUUAAAAAGUUACUAACGGACUUUGAACUGUAACAAUUUAUAAUGAUCUUCCAAGGCCAGUGUCUUUCUAAAAGAGGAGGCCUUAAUAGGGCUGUUCGUUAACGUUUGGUUCCGAAUCACUAUCUAUUAUUGACACUAGUUCCAACAAGUUUUUUUCUCUUUUGUGUUCUAAAAGGUCAAUUUUAGAACACGAAAUAUGCUUACACGUGUCUCACACUUUUAUGCAUUAAGCUUUUAAGUUAAAAAGGACUGUUAUAUUGUAUUUUAAAAAGCAAUCUUUUAUCACGUGUGAUCAUGCUGAACUUUUAUUAAAAAUUUAGAAUAUUUUCGAAAAAUAGUUGAUUCUACUAUAAGAUUUAUUACGUCGUAGGAGAAAUAUAAAUCAGCUGUUUUCAAGGAUUGUUUACUAUUUCAUCAUCGAUAACCAGCAGUAAAUACACAGAAAAAAAUCCUCCUUGAGCCUACAAUCAGCUGAUAAAUAUUUUUACGUUCUCAUCUAGAACAUUCUGUAUUGUUUGAAAUUCGCUCACCUUAUUAUUACAUAAUUUUUUUUUAUUACAGGAAGGUGAUCAAUAUGUUUAUUUAGUCAUGGAGUUCUGCAACUCCGGUGACUUAUCAGAUUACUUACACGCUAAAGGUACACUCAGUGAGGAUACAAUAUCUUUCUUUCUACGGCAAAUUUCCCGAGGAUUGAAGGCUAUGGUCAAUAAGGGAAUAGUUCAUCGUGACCUUAAGCCACAAAACAUACUUUUACAAAACAAUAGUUGCAAAAAGAAUCCGGAUCCACGUGAUAUGACUCUCAAAAUAGGUCAGAGCUUUGUACUUAUCAAUGCUAGGUCGUCGACCUUGAUUUUAUUUAUAAACACUAAAUAUAUUAACCUCUAUUUCACAUAUGAAAUAUAUUUUAUUAUUCUAGAAUCGCAAUACUAUUUACUAAAUGAUUUUUGUUUAACAGCUGAUUUUGGCUUUGCACGAUUUCUGGGUAAUGGUGCUAUGGCUGCAACUCUAUGUGGCUCUCCAAUGUAUAUGGCUCCAGAAGUAAUUAUGUCGUUACAAUACGAUAAUAAAGCUGAUUUAUGGAGCAUUGGCACAAUUGUGUAUCAAUGUUUAACCGGAAAGGCUCCUUUUGCUGCCAGUACACCAUCCCAAUUGAAACAAUUUUAUGAAAGAAGCAGUAACUUAGCUCCUCAUAUCCCAACGGGAACGUCGGAAGAUUUGAGUGACCUUUUAUUGCGUAUUCUAAAGCGAAAUGCAAGGGAGAGAAUAAACUUUGAUGAUUUCUUUAAUCACAGAUUCAUUAAAGAAAAAUCGGCUCCCGUUGCAGUCCCAAAUACGCGUUCUUCUAGAACUUCAUUAUCUAGUAAUUCUCCGUCAAUGAAAACAAUUUCUGUCUCACCCCUGUCUGGUAUGCCCGGUAGAGGAAAUGCUUCAGCUCCCAGGAAAAUUCCAGGUUCUGAAAAAAGUCCUGGUUCUUCUGGUCGAACUUCACCUGCAUCAUUGGGAGGAUUUACGAAAGUUGAAGCUCCUGUUGAAGAUUUUGUUUUGGUUCCAGAAAACUUACCACAAUCUUAUGCCGAAUUACAAGCUAUCUUUCCUGAAAACUAUGAUGACAUCGAACCAACAAAACACAAGCAUAGAUCAGCUCCCUAUGCUAAAAAACAGCCAUCUAAUUCUCCUGGUAGAAAUCGACCCCAUAGCCUACCGUUUGGUAGUAAGGGAAGUUCACCUGGUUCGUUGGUCAAACCAGUUCCUACUCAAAUUGAAAACUAUGAAAAAAUGCAGUUAUCGAGAUCUUUGAAAAAUUCUCCCUCCUCUCCUUCCAGCCUAUCAUCCACAAGUUCAUCUUUGAUAAGAAGGAGAAAAAAUUCAAUCGAAAGAAUUGACAUCGAGUCGAUGAGUCCUCCAACAGCUCAUUUUACUAUUGGUACUCCUCCUGAUCACAUGUCUCCCGGAUUGACAUGGAGAAGAAAUUCUGGAUCUUUCGGAUCUUCGCCGAGAUCCCGUUCAGGUAUGCAUGCGGCUGCCACAAGUCCAUCAUCCUUGCCAACGAUUGCUCAGUCGCCUACAAAAGUUGUAUCAAAAAUUGACUUCGAAUCCCACAUGGAGAGAAAGCAUUCGGAAACGAAAUUGGAUUUGCCGAGUGGUGGAAGAGUUCAGCUGUCCGAACAUCAAAAAGGUAUUUUAAAAGCAGCCGUUGGUCAAAAUGCACUUGUAAGAUAUGAAUCCGAUGAAAUGAAGACACCAUACUUGACUGACGAACUACUGUUGAAUAACAUUCAUAACGAGCUCGUGAAUAGACUGGAUUUUGCAACAGGAAGUUGUGAAUACAUAAUGCAGCUAGCAGAAGAUAGAAGUAGCCCUGUCUUGGAAAAUGCUAAUGAAGAUGUUAGUCUGAGCUUUAUGAAUGAGCAUAAACAGAAAAUUGUUGAACUACUAGCCCUCUACCUUCGAGUUAUCAAUAUGUUACAAAAUGUUCUCAGUUUAACUGCUGUGGAGCAUAAAAAUGGUCGACUACAAGUAACUCCUACUGUCGUACAAAUUAUUCGUCAAGCUCAUACGAAUUAUAAGAAAGCUUUAAAAGUAUGUAGUAAUAUUAAACGAGAUUAUAUCGAAAAGGAAAACCAUGCUGGCUUUGAUUAUGAAAAGUUAAGCAGGAUUGCCGAUAAAGUUAUAUAUCAGCAUGUUGUUGAUUUGGUAGGUGAAAUUACACCUUGAUAUUUCAGAAAAAUAACAUAUAGUUUGUAUUUAUAGUGUCGAUCGGCUCCUAUGCAAGAACUAAUGGGUAGAAACGAAGAGGUAAAUUUACAAUUCAUAAUUGCUAUUUUUGAAUCAAUUGAAAAUAUAUUUUUUUGGCAGAGUUUCCAGUUAUACAAAAGUGCCCAAAUCCUCCUUCAGCAUCUGUCUCAACAUGCUAAAAACGACAUGGACAAAGAAACCUUAAUUGAUUGUAAAUAAAAUGAACCAUACUGCUUUACUUUUAAAUUAACACGUCUUCCUCGAAACAGAUAAAGAGGCGGUCGAGCGACGAAUGUCGUGUCUACCUGAUACACACAAAACUAUUGUUCCGCGCUAUGCGGACUUAUCUGCUGUAAAACAAAAGUGAAUUUUGAACCUCCAAUAUUUUCUAGUCGAAAGAAUGCAGAUUACGCAAGAUUUAAAUGCAGACAUCAAAUCUCAAAAUUGAAAAAAAGCAAAUAUUCUGAUUUUCACAAAGAAACACGUGAUGGAAAGUGUCUGCAUCAUUGAUCUCGUCCAGAAUGGUUAAAGUCCAUCCUAAAUGACCGAUUUCUCUUGGUGCCGCGAACUGCUUAUCUCGUAUUAGUUACAUUAGCCAAUAUGUGCUAUUCAAUUUAUCUACAAAAUGACAGUACGCGUGAAUGCGGACAAAAAUGUGUUCUUGCUAUGCUAUAAAAGAAUGUAAAUACGACGUAUAUAUGCGAUAUAUACAUAUACAUAGAUAUAUUCAUAUAUAUACAUAUAUAUUUAUAUAUAGAAUUUGUAUUUGUAAAAGUCUUCUAAUUAUUUGUUAGUAUACUAACCUAUAUUAUUUAAAUAGGUUUAAUUUCUUUUUUUAAGAUAUGUCUUUGAUCAUCUAUUUUGAGUAGAUUUAGAUAACCGUUUGUGUUCUAUUAAUGUAAAAUCCUUCACUCUUAAGCGAUAGAAGGAAUGGUUGUCAUAAUACUUUUUUUUAUAUGUGCAAACUCAACUUGUCUUAUUCGCCGUGUGGUGAAAUAUUUAAAUAUACUAACAGCAUAUCGCAAUGUGAAUUUAAAUAUUAUAAUUAGGUAAUUAUAACAUUAUCUGAAACAUAAUUAAACUUCCCUUCUGAUAUUUUAGAGUUUCAUAAAUGUGCAACUCAACAUUUAACAGACAGGAUAUUAUUUUCUCUAUUUAUGCCGUACAAUGUCUUUAGGUGAUCUACCAGUAGGUUUGCUUCCACGGUCCCUUGUUUUUGUGGUCGUGACGGAAGUGUCUCCAAGGUUCGUUGAACUUGUAGUCGAAAAAGCGUUCGUUUACGUGUAAAUCUCGUUGACGUCUAGGGCGUCGCUGGACAACUGUAACCUUUUCUCUAUCGGAUUUCUUGAAGGGAACACUAUCUUGAUCGAAAAAUUCUGCGGAUUCUCUUAAUUUCUUUUCCGUCCAGUCUCGAACCUUCUUCUGAUGGAGGUACUUUUGUUCCAUCUGUUGACGUUCCGUGAACUGUCUUUCUUCUUCCGCCUUACGUCUAACAGUCCUUGGACUAUCCGGUUGCUUCGGAAACCUAUCAGUCAUACGCCAAUUCACCGAAGUAUAACCGUAGUCGCCAUAAGACGUCGAAUAAGGUUUAUUCGAUGCGUCUUUUACCUUCCUAACCCAAUGUUCUUUCGAGAACGUAUUCAUAUUUCAGACUGACAACGGUUCGAAUUAAAACUCGUGUCGUUGCUAUAAUUCCUCAGCUUAAUUUAUAUAUUUUUCUAAUAUUUCAAUGAACAAAUAUGAAGAAAAAAGAAGAAAGCAUAAAAUAGGAUUGUGC